AAGCGCGCGUUCACGUGUUCAACCAAAACAUCAUGGCGGCUGGAUUCAAAACUGCAGAACCACUGGAAUAUCACAGGAGCUUUUUGAAAGAACAGUGUCGGUCUGAUGGACGUGACCUCUCCGAGUUCCGAGUUACCACAUUGAACAUCGGGUCUAUAUCCACUGCGGAUGGAUCUGCUUUGGUGAAACUUGGGAACACCACUGUCAUAUGUGGCAUUAAAGCGGAACUAUCAAACCCCACAGCUGAAGUGCCAGGUAAAGGUUACAUGGUACCAAAUGUGGACCUCCCUCCAUUAUGCUCCUCUCGAUUUCGUCCGGGCCCUCCAGGAGAGCAAGCUCAGGCUGCCAGCCAGUUUAUUGCAGAUGUAAUAGAAAGUUCUGAAAUUAUAAAUACAGAGGAAUUGUGCAUUGAAAGGGGAAAGCUGUGCUGGGUGCUCUAUUGUGACUUGAUGUGUCUCAACUAUGACGGAAAUGUCCUGGACGCCUGCAUAAUUGCACUCUUGGCAGCUUUAAAGAAUACACAACUACCAGAUGUCACCAUAAGCACUGACACUUGUUUGCCUGAAGUCAGUCUAGAGAAAAAACAUGACCUGCAGAUUCACCGACAUCCAGUGAGCUCAUCUUUUGGGGUGUUUGACAAAUCUAUAAUGAUUGUAGAUCCAACUGCAGAAGAAGAAAGCCUGUUGACAGCACAGCUCACUGUAGUGACAGAUGAACAUGAGCGGCUCUGCUCAGUGCACAAACCAGGCGGUUCAUCGUUAUCUGGAGAGAAGUUGCAGGAGUGCAUAACCCGUGCAGUGGUUCGACAGAGAGAAAUACAGAAGCUUAUUGACAAAGUCCUACAGAGUGUGAAGAUGCCACAAUGAAGAGUCUCAGACAAAACACAUUUUAUCUAAAAGCUGUAUUUUCCACUGUCAAUAUAUAUUCUUUUUAAUAACAAUAAAACUGCUGACAAA